CAGAAUUCGGUAAAGUGGAGAGCUUACAGAGCGCUCAUGGCUUUACCAUAUUUCACACGAGUAUGGAUGCUCCAGGAAGUAAUGCUUGCGCCAGAUGCGAUCGCUAUGUGGGGCGACGUUGAUAUGCCUUGGUUGACUAUCGCAAAGGCGGCGAUUUAGGGCGAACAGAGCACAGUAUUGGAUGGCUUACCUCCCAUGCAUCGGGACCCCCAGCAUCAAGCCUACGUGGUUGAAGAGGACUGCCAUAUGGUGCAACAGCUGCUUGACGACGUCUCUCACGAUGGAUAUCCAGGCAGAAGGGACUUCGCUUGGUUGAUUGGACUGUUAUCUUACAGGAAAGCAACCGACCCACGUGAUAAGAUCUAUGCGGUGAUGAACCUGGUGGCUGCAGAACAGCGGCCGUCGUUCCUCGUCGACUACCAGAUGCCGGUUGUCGAUGUGUAUAAAAUGGAUACCGAGCAUGUCCUCUUCCAAGCCGAGCAAAGGCUCAACAUUCUUCAGAACUGUACAUGGACGGAAAAUCAUCCAAUUCGGUUCGCUGAACGGUGGCCAUCUUGGGUGCCGAUCUGGGGCAAUAUCAAGCAUGCGUACAUCUGCGGCGUGCACCCUGAGCAGUUUCUCCCCGCUGAUGGCAUUCCACUUCAAGCGUGGAAAGCGUCAACUGACGUAUUGUGUAUCAAGGGCGUAGCAGUCGGGCCUAUCAGCGCGCAGGCGGACUGCCCAUGGGACCAGCCAAUUCCGCCUUCAAAAAGAUUCAACGAUGCUUGGAGCCUGACUCGGGAGCAUGCCGACCCUAGUCCGGACUGCGAACCUUUAGCACUUCAACUCAUUUGGACUCUCUUAUGCGUUGAAGCUGACGACCACCGUGCUGACGAGCAAGCGUAUUUGCACAGGAAAUACGGAUUCGGCUUCAUCGAAUACUACUGUUUCUUGCUCGCCGAAGAGAAAGUAGCUCAGAUCGAAUCGGACCUCAUGGAUGCUGUAGUUAUGGCCAUGGGUGGGCUCCUUACCGAGCCUUUCAACCGUGCGAAUCCUCGACAUGCAGCACUAGCAGCGCAAUGGAAAGCGAAGGUCGAGGAGAAGGGCUUCGAUCCAGACCUUAUGCUCUACUGUCAGGACAUGAGUGCUCGGAACCAAAGUACGGAUGCCAAGCUUCUAGCAUCGUUCCUUACGCAUGCUUGGUUCAACGAAGAGGGAAUAGAUAGCUAUCCUGCAUACUUCCAAGAGGCCUGGCUAGCGUGCGGAGACGAUCAUCGCUUUUUUGUGACAAACAAUGGGCGCAUUGGCAUGUCCCCUCGGGAAGCUCAGAGCGGCGAUAUCGUCGCCGUCUUGUUCGGUUCCAGCGUUCCAUUCAUACUUCGUCCUUCCGGGAGUGAAUAUUUGAUCGUGGGGAGCUGUUAUUGCUACGGUUUAAUGCACGGGGAGUACGUCCGCACGCUGAAGGAGAGCAGCAAGCUCGAAGAAAGUAUUCGUACGUUCGCGCUCCGAUAGCCCAACCCUACUUGCAUCUGCCUUCUACAGAUUGCGACCGAUAA